UCAAAAAAAGAAAAGAAACAGAUAUAGAAGUUCAGCUGUGAGCCUCUGACCAUGCCAAAUAGUGAAGAGGUUAACAAAACUCCAAACCUCUUUCCAUUUUCUUCUCCAUUUUUUUUAUAUACAGACAACUUCUCCUGCAUUUCCAUUCCUAUCAGAUCGUUAAGCAAUCGCCAUUUCCAUCCAAAAUCCUCCGCAAAAUCUUCCAUUUUCUCCCUCCUCUACUCCGCUGCUGUUUGACUCAAAGAAUCGACUCGGUAUCAACUCAGUGCUUGAACUCAUCCGAUUGGUUCAGCCAUGGCUUUAUCAGCCUCCGACCUGCCGGCAAUGUAUUCGUUGCUGACUAAUUCACUCAGCGGCGAACAAAGCGUGCGUAAACCAGCUGAAGCAGCCCUAGCUCAAUCAGAAAACCGGCCGGGUUUUUGUUCUUGUCUUAUGGAAGUGAUUACUGCUAAGGACUUGGCGUCUCAAGUGGAUGUUCGAUUAAUGGCAUCGGUCUACUUCAAAAAUAGCAUAAAUCGGUAUUGGAGGAGCAGGCGUGAUUCCACGGGAAUUAGCAAUGAGGAGAAAUUACAUUUAAGACAAAAGCUGUUGUCACACUUGAGGGAAGAGAAUUACCAGAUUGCCCUUACAUUGUCUGUGAUCAUCUCAAAGAUUGCUCGGAUCGAUUACCCUAAAGAAUGGCCAGAGCUUUUUUCCUUUUUAGCACAACAGCUUCAAUCGGCAGAUAUUCUUACUUCACAUAGAAUAUUCAUGAUUCUUUACAGAACCUUGAAGGAGUUGUCUACAAAGAGGCUUACAUCAGACCAAAGGACCUUUGCUGAGAUAUGCACGCAGUUCUUCGAUUAUAGUUGGCAUCUUUGGCAGACUGAUGUGCAGACAAUACUCCAUGGUUUCUCAGCUCUUGCUCAAACCUUUGGGGGGGGUGCUGCUGAAUUACAUCAUGAUGAUCUUUACUUAACAUGUGAGAGAUGGUUUCUAUGUUCAAAGAUAAUAAGGCAGUUGAUAAUUUCUGGCUUUCCGAGUGAUGCCAAAACCUUACAGGAGGUGCGGCAUGUCAAAGAGGUUGCUCCAGUGCUUUUGAAUGCCAUCCAAUCACUACUUCCAUACUAUUCAUCUAUCCAGGACCAUCAACCUAAAUUUUGGGAUUUAUUAAAAAGGGCUUGUACAAAGUUAAUGAAGAUUUUAGUCGCCAUCCAGCAGCGACAUCCUUAUUCAUUCGGGGAUAAAUGUGUCCUUCCACUUAUCAUGGAAUUCUGUUUAAGCAAGAUUUUGGAUCCUGAACCACAUAUUAUGUCCUUUGAGCAAUUCAUGAUUCAAUGUAUGGUAAUGGUGAAAACAAUCUUGGAAAGUAAAGAGUAUAAGAAAAACUUGACAGGACGUGUGGUUGAUGAAAAUAGAGUAACAUUUGAGCAGAUGAAGCAAAACAUAUCUAGUACGGUUGCUGGCCUUCUUACUUCCCUUUUGCCUACUGACCGGGUUGUACUCCUGUGUAAUGUAUUGAUAAGGAGGUACUUUGUUCUGACUGCAAGUGAUAUGGAGGAAUGGCACCAGAACCCAGAGUCUUUCUAUCAUGAGCAGGAUUCAGUGCUAUGGUCAGAGAAACUAAGGCCAUGUGCUGAAGCUCUAUAUAUUGUCUUGUUUGAAAAUCAUAGUCAACUACUAGGACCUGUUGUUGUCUCUAUUCUGCAAGAGGCUAUGAGUGGUUGCCCUUCUGCAGUUAAUGAAAUAACUCCAGCACUGCUUCUUAAGGAUGCUGCUUAUGGUGCUGCCGCAUACAUUUACUAUGAGCUCUCGAACUAUCUGAGUUUCAAGGAUUGGUUCAAUGGAGCAUUAUCAUUGGAGUUGACAAAUGAUCAUCCCAAUAUGCGGAUAAUCCACAGAAAAGUAGCACUAAUCCUUGGACAAUGGGUUUCAGAGAUUAAAGAUGACACCAGAAGAGCAGUUUAUUGUGCUCUAAUCAGAUUACUUCAGGAGAAUGACUUGUGUGUAAGGCUGACAGCAUGCCGGUCCUUGUAUUUUCAUAUUGAAGAUGCAACUUUUAAUGAAAAUGAGUUCUUAGAUCUUCUUCCAGUUUGUUGGGAUCUGAGUUUCAAAGUGGUGGAUGAAGUACAGGAAUUUGACUCAAAGGUUCAAGUUCUGAAUACUAUCUCUGUUCUGAUAGCACGUGUUACUGAAGUUACACCAUAUGCAAACAAGUUGAUGCUAUUUUUCCAGAAGGCAUGGGAAGAAUCUUCUAGUGAAAGCAUCUUGCAGAUUCAACUUCUUACUGCAUUGAAGAAUUUUGUAGUUGCUCUCGGUUAUCAGUCGCCUAAAUCGUACGGCAUGUUAUUGCCGAUUUUGCGAAGUGGAAUUAACAUAACCAGCCCUGAUGAACUUCUAGAGGACUGCAUGCAGUUAUGGGAAGCAACACUUAUUAAUGCGCCUUCUAUGGUACCAGAAUUGUUGGGGUAUUUCCCAUGUCUUGUGGAAAUUUUGGAAAGAAGUUUUGAUCACUUGAAGGUUGCUACCAAUAUCAUUGAAGACUAUGUUAUUUUGGGUGGAAGGGAGUUUCUCAGUUUGCAUGCGUCUAACAUUGCUAAACUUCUAGAUCUGGUGGUUGGGAAUGUCAAUGACAGGGGACUACUCUCAGUUAUUCCAGUCAUUGACAUUCUAGUUCAGUGUUUCCCGAUGGAAGUGCCUCAGCUUAUCAGUUCCACACUGCAGAAAUUAAUAAUCAUGUGCCUGACCGGGGGAGAUGAUCAUGAUCCUUCCAAGGCAGCUGUAAAAGCAUCAUCAUCAGCACUGCUGGCAAGGAUUUUGGUGAUGAACACUAAUUAUCUUGCACAGCUAACUUCUGAUCCAUCACUGUCUAUACACCUUCAGAAAUCUGGUUUUCCUAGUGAAGAAAACAUACUCCUUUGCCUUGUCGACAUGUGGCUUGAAAAGGUUGACAAUGUUACCUCUUUCCAGAAGAAGACAAUUGGUUUGGCCCUCUCUAUAAUUCUGACUUUGAGGUUGCCUCAAGUACUUGAUAAACUUGAUCAGAUAAUGAGUGUAUGUACAAGUGUUAUAAUGGGUGGAAGUGAGGAUUUAAGUGAAGAAGAGUCUAGUAGUGAUAAUGUAAGCUCUAGCAAACCUCAUGUGCCAAGCAAGGAGUUGAGGAGGAGACAGAUGAAACUCUCGGACCCAAUAAACCAGAUUUCAUUGGAGAACUCAGUGAGAGACAAUCUUCAAACUUGUUCAUCUCUUCAUGGGGAAUCCUUUAAUGCAGCCAUUGGUAGAUUGCACCCUUCAGUACUCAAUCAAUUAAAACAAGCAUUGAAGAUGCCAUGAGUUAAAUAGUGGGUGUCAAUUCUUGAUGUAAUUUUCUAAGUUGGUCUUUGAGUUCCAAUGAUCUCACCAAGGCGUAAGAAAGGUCUCACCUAGAAGCAUGCUGCUGCGCCGUUAUUUAUUAAGUUCCAUUUUUUCGCCCCUAUUGUUUGGUUGGAUUGUUGUUGUUCUGGAUGGAUUGUUUUGCCCAAGUUGUGCAGGGGGAGGGAGGUGCUGCUAUUAAGGGCAUUCUCCACUUAGCCACCCAAUUUUUCUCCCCGUUCGUUCGGGGUGCGGGCUUGUGUUGUAAAUAGCAUGAUCCUCUCAUGUCGUGGUUUUUAAGGCAUAAAGGAUCAGAGCUUGAGGUUGUAAUACUGGAUAGUGUGCAGUUACCAUUUGCUCAAAGCAGGAAAUAGGGACAAUGACAAUUCACUCAACGGCAUUUGCCAACUAUUCUAGUUUUUGCGCUUGUGGCUUUUUGAAUUUUAUUUCUUUGAUGUGUUUCAAAUUUUAUCCUAUACUUUUAAAUAUUGUCUAGAUUUAUCCUCUGUUAUAUUAUCCAGUCAUAUUUACCCCUA